AUGAUCAGCUCGGUGUGUGUCUCCUCCUACCGUGGGCGCAAGUCGGGGAACAAGCCUCCGUCCAAAACAUGUCUGAAGGAGGAGAUGGCCAAGGGCGAGGCGUCGGAGAAGAUCAUCAUCAACGUGGGCGGCACGCGACAUGAGACCUACCGCAGCACCCUGCGCACCCUACCGGGCACCCGCCUCGCCUGGCUGGCCGAUCCCGACGGCGGGGGCCGGCCCGAAUCGGAUGGCGGCGGUGCAGGCAGCAGAGGCAGCAGCGGCGGCGGGAGCUGCGAGUUCUUCUUCGACCGGCACCCAGGCGUCUUUGCUUACGUGCUCAACUACUACCGCACCGGCAAGCUGCACUGCCCCGCCGACGUGUGCGGGCCGCUCUUCGAGGAGGAGCUCACCUUCUGGGGCAUCGACGAGACCGAUGUGGAGCCCUGCUGCUGGAUGACCUACCGCCAGCACCGCGACGCCGAGGAGGCGCUCGAUAUCUUCGAGAGCCCGGACGGAGGCGGUGGUGGCGCGGGGACGGGCGACGAGGCCGGCGACGAGGAGCGCGAGCUGGCCCUGCAGCGCCUGGGGCCCCACGAGGGAGGUGCGGGCCCCGGCGCCGGGUCCGGGGGCUGCCGUGGCUGGCAGCCCCGCAUGUGGGCGCUCUUCGAGGAUCCCUACUCCUCCCGGGCGGCCAGGGUGGUGGCCUUCGCCUCUCUCUUCUUCAUCUUGGUCUCCAUCACCACCUUCUGCCUGGAGACCCACGAGGCCUUUAACAUCGACCGCAACGUGACCGAGAUCCACCGGGUAGGGAACACCACCAGCGUGCACUUUCGGCGGGAGGUGGAGACAGAGCCCAUCCUGACGUACAUCGAGGGGGUGUGCGUGCUGUGGUUCACGCUGGAGUUCCUGGUGCGCAUCGUGUGCUGCCCGGACACGCUGGACUUCGUCAAGAACCUGCUCAACAUCAUCGACUUCGUGGCCAUUCUGCCCUUCUACCUGGAGGUGGGGCUGAGCGGCCUGUCCUCCAAGGCAGCCCGAGACGUGCUGGGCUUCCUGCGCGUCGUGCGCUUCGUGCGUAUCUUACGCAUCUUCAAGCUCACGCGCCACUUCGUGGGCCUGCGCGUGCUGGGCCACACCCUGCGCGCCAGCACCAACGAGUUCCUGCUGCUCAUCAUCUUCCUGGCCCUGGGGGUGCUUAUCUUUGCCACCAUGAUCUACUAUGCCGAGCGCAUUGGCGCCAGGCCCUCCGACCCGCGGGGCAAUGACCACACCGACUUCAAGAACAUCCCCAUUGGCUUCUGGUGGGCGGUGGUCACCAUGACGACGCUGGGCUAUGGGGACAUGUACCCCAAGACCUGGUCAGGCAUGCUGGUGGGGGCGCUGUGUGCACUGGCUGGCGUGCUCACCAUCGCCAUGCCUGUGCCCGUCAUUGUCAACAACUUCGGCAUGUACUACUCCCUGGCCAUGGCCAAGCAGAAGCUGCCUAAGAAAAGAAAGAAGCAUGUGCCCCGGCCGCCCCAUCUUGAGUCACCCAUCUACUGCAAGUCUGAGGAGACUUCGCCCCGGGACAGCACCUACAGUGACACCAGUCCCCCUGCCCCAGAAGAGGGUAUGGUUGAGAGGAAACGGGCAGACUCCAAGCAGAACGGUGAUGCCAAUGCGGUGCUGUCAGAUGAGGAGGGAGCUGGCCUCACCCAGCCCCUGGCCUCUGCCCCCACCCCUGAGGAGCGCCGGGCCCUGCGACGCUCUGGCCCCCGAGACAAAAACAAGAAGGCAGCCGCCUGCUUCCUGCUCAGCGCCGGGGACUAUGCCUGUGCCGAUGGUAGUGUCCGGAAAGAGACCUGCCGAGACGCCCUCUCGCCCAGCUAUGCCCAGGCUGAAGUCCUCACCCUCUCUUAAGCGGCACCAACGUGAGAGAGGCAGGCAGACAGACAGAAAGCCAAGGCUUAGGGAAACUCUGGAACCCUGGCAAGAAUCUUUCGCUGAGAAAGACUCAGAGAUCCUUGUUUGCCCAGGACUGAUGGAAAACCUCCCAUGUGACCCUCUGGGCCCAGAGCCAUCUGGGCCCGAUGUUCUGUUCUGUUGUACAUUGAAGAGAUAUAUAUGCACAUAUAGCGUCUAUAUUCAUACAUACUAUACUCUCGUGUGUAGUGCACGUGCUUUUGGUGGUCUGUCUUCUUUGUCAGGCUGUGUCUCCCCCAGCC